AUGUACGGAGAGCAGUUCACCUUUUUCAGCCAUGACGCCCCUGGAGACCCCUCCAUGGAGAACCUCCUGGAGGCUCUGCUGGACCAGCCGGGGUUUGGGACCAAGUGCAUGGACACGGCCGACCGAGGGGAGCCCAGGAGUCCUGAGUGCGACACGGACUACGGCUCCUUCAUGAUGCGGCCGCACGUGUCUUACUCCACGUGGCAGAUGUUCAACUGA